AGAUCGGGCACGAACUCUUUGCCUGUACUAAGCCACGGAUGUCGUUCUUAGUGGGAGUGUUUGUGGUUUGCAAUUGCGCUGCAGAGGAAUGGAGUGGGGUUUCCAUUGGUGUUUUAUUUAUUUAUUUUUAUUUUAUUUUAUUUUUUUUGUAUUUGUAGGCCUGGGUUGUGUGCGUGCGCCUCCGAUGCAGGGGUCGGUUGAGUUUGUGUGGAUCUGACAGCGUCCUGGUGUUGCCUCAUCACAUUCCUCAAUCUCGACGAGGCACGGCUAAUUUGAACUGAAUUGUUGUGUUCCGUGUCCGCAAGUGUUUUUAGCACGCAGAUUUACGUGAUGGAGCUAUGGAGCAGCCAUAGCGAAGGAUGAAUCAGGGUGUAGGAUAGAGUGGGAAUUGAGCUAAGAAUUGGAGGAAUUUUGCACGUAAAGGCUGAUAGGGCGGGGUUGGAGCGACCGGAAAAAUGAGGAUUUUGACGGAGCAGAGCAUGGUGAUGGCAGUGCGACUAGGAGCGGAGGUGAAGGACAUGAUCGAGCUCUCCGUGGUCCCGGUGAUGAAGGUGCUGACGAUGUGCGCAUUGGGGACGCUGCUGGCGCAACCCAAGAUAAAUAUCAUCACUCCUGCUGCGACGAGGCUGCUGAGCAAGCUGGUGUUUGCUCUGUUCCUGCCGUGCCUGAUCUUCACGGAGCUCGGGGGGUUAAUGACAUUUUCUAACCUGGCGCAUUGGUGGUUCAUUCCGGUGAACGUGUUGUUGAGUUACUUCAUAGGUUGCAUAGCUGGGGUGAUAGUGGCUUUAGUGUGUAAGCCACCAGCGCGGUUUUUCAGAUUUACGGUGGUGAUGACGGGGAUCGGGAACGCGGGCAACCUUCCUCUCGCGAUCGUCGGGUCGAUAUGCCACGGGCAGUCUCAUCCUUUUGGCAAGAGGUGCAAUCAGUCAGGAGUGGCGUACGUAGCCUUCUCGCAGUGGGUCGCAGUGAUCGUGAUUUACACGUUUGUGUAUCACAUGCUGGAACCACCUAUGGAUUACUACGAGCUGGUCUCAGAAGAAGCAGAGUCGGAUGCAUCGGUGAAAGGGGUUGAUGCGGCAGUGGCAUCUAGGGAGGCGGGCGAGUCGAUGCCUUCGGUGAUAUCUGCCGAGUGGCCGGACGUGAGGGAUGCAGCGACGGAAGACUCGCGGACGCCUUUGCUGGCACGUUUCUUUCGGAACCUUUCAGUAUCAUCUCAGACCUCAACAGUGGAAGGAGAUAGUCCGAGAGCAAUAAUUCGUUGCCUUGCGGAGCCUCGCAUGGUGAGAAAGAUCCGCGUGGUUGCGGAGAAGACUCCGAUCCAACACUUGAUGCAGCCCCCAAUUAUAGCCUCGGUGAUGGCCAUUUUGGUGGGGAUGUUUCCCAGCACGAAUGCUCUGUUGUUCGGAGACGACGCGGUGCUCGGGUGGUUCACUGACAGUUUGACCAUACUGGGUGCGGCCCUGGUGCCGUGCGUGAUGUUGGUGCUGGGCGGGACCUUGUCAGUAGGACCGGGAAGUUCCGAGCUUGGUUUGAGGACUACAAUCGGUAUCACAGUCACUAGGCUAGUGCUGUUGCCUCCUAUUGGUAUCGGAGUGGUUCUGUUUGGGUGCAAGCUAGGCGUGGUUCCACAAGGUGACAAGAUGUUCAUGUUUGUGCUUCUGCUGCAACAUACGAUGCCAACAGCCAUCCUGUCUGGAGCGAUGACGAGCAUGCGCGGGUACGGCGAGCGGGAGGCUUCGGCACUUCUGUUCUGGCAGCACAUAUCUUCGGUGGUGACGAUUGCCGUGUACAUAGUGAUUUACCUGAAGAUCGUAAGCUACCUUUAAUUGGUUUGAAGAAGAAAUAGGUGGCACUGGCACGGUGACGCCGCGGAGGCUGUGGCCGACACGAUUGCAGCGGUUGCGUUUGUGCGGUGGGAGUUGAAAAGCAAUAUCAUGUCGCAGGGAAUACGCUUACCUCUUCGAAUUGGGGGCGUUUUCAAUGAGAUUGCUUUUAUAUGGCGAAUCGCGUGGAAUAAUUGCUGCCUGGAAUAGUACGACGUCCAGGCUGUUCGAGCAACCAGCGCUGCUGGUGAUGAGCUGGAGGGUCGCAACCGGCCAAUAUGUUGCUGGGUUGAAGACAUUCAUGUGCAGUACAUUUGUCGAGAUUGAGUUUGCAACAGUUGUAGUAAUAACAUUCCAAUUCCCCCAGCAGGAUGCACGGAUAGAAAGUUAAACGCAUAUUUAUUCAUGAAUAGUACCUCAAAGGAGUUUUUUUUUUUCUUUUCCAUCAUUUUGUUGCUGCACCGAGGCUUUGUACAUCUUUCUCCUUCACAUUCGUCAUAAAAUUGCGGACGUUGAUGUUGCCACUGCAAUACGGUGCAUGCCUGGCAUGAUCUAGUAAUACACAUCCUUUCUCCA